AUGACGGCCCCAUCCCUCGCCAGCUAUGUCACCAAGCGCCCCUGGCUCUCCAAGCUCCUGAAGCCCGUUGCCGGCUGGUACAGCAAUGCUGCCCUCUACCGUCAAAUGGGUCUCAAGGCCGAUGAUUUGAUCUCCGAAGAAAACGCCGACGUCCUCAAGGCCCUCGGCCGCCUCACCCCCAAGGAGUCCUACGACCGCAUCUACCGCAUCCGCCGCGCCACCCAGCUCUCCCUCCAGCAAAAGAUCCUACCCAAGAACGAGUGGACCAAGCCCGAGGAGGACGUCCAAUACCUUUCCCCCAUCCUCGAGGCCAUCGAGGCUGAGGCCAAGGAGAAGCAGGCUCUCGACACUCUUGUCCCCUCCAAGGCCGGCCACUAA